AAGCGUCAUCUUUAGUGAGACGACAAUGAAGUGACACUUGAUCACAUUGCCACACUUUCAAACACGUUAGUGUUAACUGUAAAUCGUGGCCCUAGAGAACAGUGAUGGAGCACAUAAAGGAUGGGUGGUUUACGGAGUCGUGCGCGCUGUGGCCAGGGCAAGCCUUGAGCCUCCAGGUGGAAGAGGUGCUCUACCAGAAGAAAUCCGAUUUCCAAGACAUCAUGGUUUUCAAGAGUAAAACCUACGGGAAUGUCCUGGUGCUGGAUGGAGUGAUCCAGUGCACCGAGAGAGAUGAGUUCGCCUACCAAGAGAUGAUUGCAAACCUCCCCCUGUGCAGCCACCCAUCCCCCAAGAAGGUGCUGAUCAUUGGCGGUGGAGAUGGCGGAGUGCUGAGGGAAGUCGUGAAGAGCCCACUGGUGGAAUCGGUGGUUCUGUGUGAGAUCGACGAGGAAGUCAUUAAUGCGUCAAAGAAGUUCCUCCCGGGGAUGGCCAGUGGGUUUUACAGUCCCAAGCUCAUCCUCCAUAUCGGAGACGGCUUUGAAUUCAUGAAGAAGAACCAGGAUGCCUUCGACAUCAUUAUAACCGAUUCCUCAGACCCUGUUGGUCCUGCUGAGAGUUUGUUCAAGGAGUCUUACUAUCAGCUGAUGAAGACAGCAUUGAGAAACGGUGGAAUUCUAUGUUCCCAGGGAGAGUGUCAAUGGCUCCAUUUGGAGCUGAUAAAGGAGAUGCGAACCUUCUGCAAGACCCUAUUCCCUGUGGUAGACUAUGCCUACAGCACCAUCCCCACUUAUCCCAGUGGCCAAAUUGGAUUCAUGCUCUGUAGUAAAAAUCCUGAAACUAAUUUCUUGGAGCCAAUGAGAGAGCUGUCAAAAGAAGAAAUGAAAUAUAUGAACCUUAAAUAUUACAACCCUGAAAUUCACAAAGCAUCAUUCAUCCUACCUGAGUUUGCAAAGAAGGUACUCAAUGAAGCAUGACCAGCAAACCACGGACCCUGUUAAUCCUUCUCCUGGCCCUCAGACCUCAGAUUGUUCUUCACCUCCUCGACACAUUUCAACACCACUGAAGAGCCGAAAACUCCUUAAAAUUGUACGGCUGCGGGCACCUAAUAAUGAUGAUAAUGAUCCCCAUCAGUGCGUGGAGUUAUACAGUGAGAAGUGUUUGUUUUCUUCGUUCCAUCCUACACACUCUUGGUGUUUUUAUUAUUUUACUCCUGUGGUUGUCCUAUUUGCAUUAUGUGAAGGGCAAAUGAAUGAAUGAAUGGACUGGGCUGAGUGAAAAGAGCAUUGCUGUCAACCCUGACCUCAAUAUGAAACUACACUGUAUCGGAUUCACUGCAUCUACACCUUUAUGUGAUGAAUUUGCUUACCACAUAGUACAUUGUUGUACUUUUUAUUUGUGAUGUUAAAUAUCAGUUUAUGCUCAUAGGAAAACACAAAGUCGCCAAAUGCUCUAAUCACAUAUUCACAUUACUGUGUCCUCUACACUCAAACCCUAUAGUGCCUAAAAUUGGUUUGUUGGUUGUAGAGGGAAAAGUGGGGGGAGGGACUUGUAAAGUGUACCAUGCACACAGUGGCCUAGAAGAAAGCUCAUUCGUCAGUAGAGAAAAGUGUCCCCUUUUUUCAACAAUGUUAAGAGUGAUUGAAUUUCACUUCACUUUGACCAUCAAAAAGAAAAAUCUUGAUGUAAAUUCUUUAUGCAUGUAUGUACUUUGCAGUAUAAGCAAGGCUUGUAGUGAUGUAAGCCUGUAUGCUGAAUCGAUAGAUGGUCAAACACGUUCAGUUAUACGUAUUAAUGAAUUUCACAUGGAAUCUCUUGAGAAAUAUCUGGGAAAUGAGUUUGUGAUUUAUUUUUUGUAAGUACGGUAAUAAAUUGGUAAUAGGAAGGUUA